AUGCCCGAGCAAAUCAGCGUCGCCGAGUUCGUGGCUGCCGCUUCGGAGGAUCUCGGCUCCCCGGCCGCCGCCGCCGCCUCCGCUUUCUCCUCCAAAAUGCAAAAGUGCCGGGGGACCGUGGCGGCGUCGGAAGAGAGCCUGGACAGCGACCAAGCCAUUCUCCAGAGAAUCAAGAAAUAUGUGAAAGCCAUUAAUACCUCUGGGCUCACGCAUGUGGAGAAUGAAGAACAGUACUCUGAAACUCUAGAAAACUUUGGAAACAACCACUUGUCGCAGAACAACCACGAGCUAUCCACAGGCUUCCUGAACCUGGCUGUCUUCACCAGGGAAGUGACAGCGCUCUUCAAGAACCUGGUGCAGAACCUGAACAACAUUGUCUCCUUCCCUCUGGACAGUAUGCUGAAAGGACAGCUUAAGGAGAGCCGCCUGGAUUCCAAAAAGCAGAUUGAAAAGGCCUGGAAGGAUUAUGAGGCCAAAGUAGCCAAGCUGGAGAAGGAGAAGGAGAGAGCCAAGGUCUCUGGAGUCAUUCAGACCGAGCUGUUGACAGCAGAGAUUGUUGAAGACCUGCAGAAAGAGCGCCGCACUUUCCAGCUUCAUAUGUGUGAGUACCUUCUGAAAGCCAACGAGAGCCAAACAAAGCAAGGACCAGACUUCCUGCAGAGCCUCAUCAAGUUUUAUCAUGCGCAACACAAUUUUUUCCAAGACGGCUGGAAGGCAUCCCAGAAUAUGUACCCAUUCAUUGAGAAGCUUGUGGCCUCCUUACAUGCACUGCAUCAGGCAAAGGAAGAAGAGGUAAAGCAGCUCACCCGGAUUCGAGAUUCCCUCCGAGGAAUCAUGCAGUUGGAGAACAAGGGGGAAAACCUCAACAGGAAGAAUUCGGGUAGUGGAUACAGCAUCCAUCAACAUCAAGGCAAUAAGCAGUAUGGGACUGAGAAGUCUGGAUUUCUGCACAAGAAAAGUGAUGGGAUUCGGAAAGUGUGGCAGAAGAGAAAAUGUGGCGUGAAGUAUGGCUAUCUCACCAUUUCACACAGUACGAUAAAUCGGCCUCCUGUCAAGCUAAACCUAUUGACCUGCCAAGUAAGGCCUCUUCCAGAAGACAAGAAAUCCUUUGACCUUGUGACACAUAACCGGACUUAUCACUUCCAAGCUGAAGAUGAGCAGGAGUGCCUCAUAUGGGUUUCUGUGCUGCAGAAUAGCAAGGAUGAAGCUCUCAGCAACGCUUUCAAGAUGGACCCAGGAGGCUGCAUGUCUUCAGCUGGGGGACUGGUGGAUAGUGGACUGCAGGAACUCACCAAGUUUGUUAUCAUUGAGGUGAAGAACAUGCCAGGAAACAGGCAGUGUUGUGACUGUGGAGCCCCAGAUCCCACCUGGCUUUCCACCAACCUUGGCAUUCUGACGUGUAUAGAGUGCUCAGGAAUCCAUCGUGAGUUGGGCGUCCACUACUCCCGCAUCCAGUCCCUGACCUUAGAUGUGCUCAGCACUUCGGAAUUACUGUUGGCAAUCAGCAUUGGAAAUGCCAAGUUUAAUGAAGUAAUGGAGGCCACAUUGCUGGAACAAGACAGCCUGAAACCGUCCUCAAGCAGUAAUAUGAGCACCCGGAAGGAAUUCAUCAUGGCAAAAUAUAUGGAGCGCAAGUACGUUCACAAAGCUGGCAAAGAGGACCCUUACCGGCUCCAGGAAGCAAUCUGUAGUGGGGAUCUCUUUGCACUGCUCCAGGGCUUUGCAGAGGGUCACGAUCUAACCAAACCUCUUACCAGCCCUGAAGGCCAGGAACAAGGGGAACUCCCCCUACACCUGGCUGUUCGCUGCACCAGAAAGUCCUCCCUUCCGCUAGUGGAUUUCAUUAUCCAGAAUGGGGGAAAUCUGGAUGGAGCCACUCCUGAUGGGAACACAGCCCUCCAUUACGGGGCCCAGUACAAUCAGCCCAACUGUCUCAAGCUGCUACUGAAAGGGAAGGCCUCUAUGAAUGCAGUGAAUGCAGCGGGUGAGACUCCCUUGGAUGUGGCAAGAAAGUACAAGCAUGCAGAGUGCGAAGAUCUGCUGGUGCAGGCUCAGAAAGGGAAGCUUGGACCACAGAUACAUGUGGACUAUGACUGGGAAACCUCUCAGGAGUUCUCCUACGAUAGUGAAGAUGAGCUGGAUGAGAAGGUGAGCCCACUGCAGUGGUCUUUUGGGUCCUCCUCGUCUCCAACCACAGGACAGCCUGCCCUCUUCGCUCCCAACCAGCGGAGCUGCACAGGGAUGGACAUCAGCAACAGGACCUACGAAGCCGUCCUUGCCCCCUUGCGGUCUGGUCCACGCAGCUCAAACAGUGAGGAGGUCCCUCCGCCGCUGCCUAUCAAAAAACCUACCAGAGCAGCUGGGAAGACUGUACCAGGGCAGAGCAGUGUGGACUCUUCUGAGUUUUUACCUCAACUAUCAGAUAUCCCAGAUGUUCAGAAUUUAUCCAUUUCCAGUGCCCCUGGCGUGCUGGACAGUGGCAUGUUCCGGCAUCCUUCUAGUUCCCGUAACUCGGUUGAAGUUAGAGGCACAGCCUACUGGGAAACCCGCUCAGAAAUGGAAGGUGGAUCUCAACGAAGAAGAUCAGAGCCAAAUCAGAUAAUGGUGCAACAGCUCUCUCCUGGGACAUCCCCUGAUCAAGCAACCCUAGUAAAGUUCAGCUCAGAGUGUACCCGAUCCUACCGGCGCAUCAGUAGUGGCUCAGUGGGCAAAUCGUCUGGCACUCCUCUUUCUCCACAGAGCUUGGGUAGCCCAGAAGAACUGCCAUCCUUCAAGGCUCCAACAGUAGCACAAACUCCUCCUCCUGUUCCAAUGCCCAGAAGGUUUGCUCCGGCCAAAGGACGACUAAAGAGGGCAAUGGCUUUGGCUGACUGCAAAGGGGACAAGGCUCGAGAGCUGACUUUCUCCAAGGGGGAGGUGAUUGUGGUCACACGAGAAGAGGACGAGCAGAACUGGGUGGGUUUCAUCGAAGGUGAUGGGACACGAACUGGCGUCUUCCCAUCUAGCUUUGUCCACUCAUUGCAAGACUGAUGGAACUUGUGUCCUUCCUGCCCUGUGCUCCAGAUGGAGAAAUGGACCAGCAUGAGCCAUUUGGGGAUGCCCACUGGCCCAGUGCACUGCCUAAUCUCCUUUUGGCUGCUGGCUGUACUCUGUGCAAUGUCAUUUGUUCAGUCUGUUUCAUGAUGGUGUCACUAGAAAGAAAUCAUUGGUUCUGCCUCCUUGCUGUUCUUUCAACUGGACCAGGAAGUUGAUGGAUGAUGGACCACAAAUGACCAAAAGAAUGGGAGAUGUUGCCUCCAUCAACAUGAUUGAUGAUGAUUCCUGCCCCCCCACCCCCCAAAAAAUUAAAAGUAGUGAUGUAAUAUUGUCUUGUCUAGAGGCAGAGCCCCUCUACAUAAAGCCACAUGUCCUUCUU